UUCAUUUAAGAACCCUCGCAUGUUCUUAUCUCCAACCGAUAAGCCCAAACGCGCUGUUCCCAAUUGUUAAAUUGACCAUUUUCCUCCUUUUUUUUCCACAUGAAUUUACAAAAUCAAACUACAUUUCCUUUUUUUUUUUCAUUCCUUGUUUGUCACCUGAGCUUGUGUACAGACAAGAGUCUACGCCAAGUGUGUCUAUGAGAAAUGACAGUAAGCUUUGCUGUCGACACGAGCAAACAGGGUCUCCAUGCCAAGUAUCAUCCCAAGCCCAUUUUAAGACACGUUUCAGGAAAGCUUAAUUACCUCCAUUUGAGCUCUUAUCGCCCUUUUCUGUCGUAUAAAUACCAUUAACCUCUUUCAAGCAAUGUGCUUAUCAAUCACUUUCCUCAUUUUUUUUCUUCCCCCCGUUCUCUGUUGGAACAAUUUCAACAUCAGUCAUGGAUGGGUUUGGAGACAGAAAACAAGUCAAGAAGCCUGCACAAGCAAGCUCGAGAAAAGGGUGCAUGAGAGGAAAGGGAGGUCCAGAGAAUGCUCUCUGCACUUAUAAAGGGGUCAGGCAAAGAACUUGGGGCAAAUGGGUCGCUGAAAUUCGUGAACCCAACCGUGGUGCACGUCUUUGGCUUGGAACUUUUGACACCUCUCAUGAAGCUGCAAUGGCUUAUGAUACUGCCGCCCGCAAACUCUACGGCUCCGAUGCCAAGCUCAACUUGCCAGAAUUAUGUGUCAACCCUCAAUAUCCAACUUCUUCAGCUAAUGCUCAGGCUGCUCCAAUAGGGAACCAUCCUAAAAAGGUGAACAAUCCAGGUACGAGUUCAUCAAAUAGCCCAAUUUUCAUGGCCAAUAAUAUUACACCAGUGUACAAUAAUGACUCAGUCAUGUCUUUCCACAACGAGAACAUUGAUUCUCAAGGGAACCUGGCGGAGAACAAUGCAAAAUUUGGGCAGAAUGAAGAUGGAAUUGAUGGGUUCUGGGAGAAUAUGAGUGUGAACUUGCCUGUUUUAGAUGACUCCAUUUGGGCAGAGGCUGCUAUGUCAUUAGAUUUCCCAGUGAUGGAUGAUCCAGGCAGUUUUGCUGGCAACCUUGUGGACGCAACGGGCUGGGACGCCUUGCAAUCCCCGUGGUGCAUGUGAAGCUAAGCUAGCUGUUAGCUACGUGGAACGUAAAAUUCACAUAGUCUUCUGUGCAUAAAUGUGUAAAUAGAAUUCUGCAGUGUCCUACUGUCUUACACUCUAUAGUAACAGCCACGAAAACCACAUGUGUUUUUCUGGGUUUGUCGUGGCCAUAAGUUUUUUUUCUUUUUUCUUUUAUUUAUGUUUCUGUAAAUAUCAGUCACGCGCUGUUCUAGCCAGCCAGCUUCUAUGUCGAGCUGCAACACAUGUUUCGUCCUAGAAUAAUUUCUAAAACAACCAACAGUAGUAAGUUUUUCUAUCUCAUUACUUGGUUUCUGUCAGAAAUGGAUGGGCUAAAAUUAAUUAAUCCAAAGCUUUUAUGAUCAGUA